CAUCUUCCUAAGCUCCGCCCCUGCUGGACUUCCGCAUUUAUAAUCCUCCCUCCGGUGCUUUACGUUCAGGAAGUGAGUGGGGAAACCAGCUCUCUCGGCACAAUGAACGUGAGGAAAGUGGAAAAGACAGUUCUGAGUGUGGAGCAGGGAGAGGGAGUCGGUGCUCGGGUCCGUAGAAGCAUCGGCAGAACGGAGCUGAGGAACCUGGAUCCCUUCCUGAUGCUGGACGAGUUCAGAGUGAGCAAGCCAGCAGGUUUUCCAGACCAUCCUCACCGAGGAUUCGAAACAGUAACAUAUGUUUUAGAGGGGAUCACGGCCCAUGAAGACUUCUGUGGCCGUUCUGGACGACUGGAACCUGGAGAUCUGCAGUGGAUGACUGCAGGACGGGGGGUGGUCCAUGCCGAAAUGCCUGUAUCAGAGGAGCCGGUGGUGGGCUUACAGCUGUGGGUGAACCUGCCGAGGCGAGACAAGAUGGUGGAACCAGCGUACCAGGAGCUCAAAGGCUCAGAGAUUCCCAAACGCAGCCGGGGAGGGGUCACAGUCGCUGUUAUAUCUGGAGAGGCUCUAGGAGCAAAGUCCAAGGUUUUCACGAGGACACCGACCCUGUAUCUGGACUUCAAGCUGCAGGCGGGGGCCCUGCAUGUGCAGCCAGUCCCUUCAGGAUGGACUACAUUCAUCUACACGUUAUCAGGAUCCAUUAACGUUGGCCCAGAGCCGGAGCAGCAGGAGGUGGCGUCCCAUCACACGGUGGUGUUCGGAGACGGAGACUGUGUCAUGGUUGAAAACAAGCGCUCUGAAGUCUCUCAUUUUGUGCUCAUCGCAGGAGAACCAAUCAAAGAGCCUGUGGUACAACGAGGUCCAUUUGUCAUGACGACAGAGGAGGAGAUCAGUCAGGCGAUCAGGGACUACCAGAGCGGCAGAAAUGGUUUUGAAAGAGCCGUAAACUGGAGAUCCAAGAUCAGAGACUCUUUCUAAAGCAGUGGUGGGAACCCUUCAGCCUCUGGGCCAUUUGAUCCAGUUCAUGAGACAAUACAUAUAUACAAAAAGAAGCAAAUAUUUUUGAUUUCAACAAAUAAAAUAAGGGUUUCAGAAACAAA